GUAAAGCAACUUCAAAAAGGCUAGCAAGGAAUGCAUAUGAAAUAUUGUAUUUAAGCCAGCAAAUUUCACGAAUCCUCUCGUGAGUCUCUUUACUCUUCAAAUGGAUAGAUUUGCAUUUGAUGAUCGACCGGGAGAACAGAGAAUCAUGUCAGAUGCUCCACCAGCUCACUACAUAGUCAAGAUAGAGGCAUUCUCAUCGCUCUCGAAGAACUCUGUGGGCAAGUAUGAGUCCGGGGUCUUCCAAGCUGGAGGCUACAAAUGGAAGCUGGUUCUUUACCCCAAUGGGAACACGAGCAAGAAUGUGAAAGAGCAUGUCUCGCUUUACCUGUCAACGGCGGAAACAAGCUCGUUUCCCCCAGGUUGGGAAGUUCAUGCUUCAGUUAGAUUCUUUCUGCUUGACCAGGACAAAGACAGUUACAUGAUAAUCCAAGAUGACAUGAGAAAGGAAUGGCGCUUUCAUGGGAUGAAGAUCGAACGCGGCUUCGACCAAUUCAUUCCUCUGAAGACACUCAACGACGCGCGGAACGGAUAUCUCGUGGACGAUACUUGUGUGUUCGGCGCGGAGGUUUUCGUUACGAGGGAAAGGAGCACUGGCAAAGGAGAGAAUCUGUCAAUGGUAAAGGACAGAGUCGUUCAAAAGUGCAGCUGGAAGAUCGACAACUUCUCCAAAUUGGACAAGGAAUUCUCCGAGUCGAAAGUAUUCAUAGCCGGAAACCAGAAAUGGAAACUUCGGCUCUAUCCGAAAGGAAAGGGAACCGGCCUCGGGACUUCCAUCUCUCUAUAUGUAGUUUUAGCCGACGCAUACACCCUUCCUCCCGGUGCUAAAGUACUCGCAGACUUCUCGGUGCGCAUCGUGGAUCAGCUUCAAGGAAGGAAUUUCAUUGCAAAGGCUAAUCACUGGUUCAGCGCCUCGAGCCAGGAGUCCGGUUGGGCGGAAUUCAUUUCGCACGCCACCUUCUAUUAUCCCAAAACAGGCACUUUGUGGUACGACACUUGCUUGGUUGAGGUCGAGGUCGCUGUCCUGGGCAUGGUGAAUGCCCUGUGAAGUCGCCAUUCAUGUUGUAUAUAUUUGCAAAACCGGCUGUGAAAUGAUACAGACUAUUUCCAGCAUCCUGAUUCUCAACCCAUCCAUUCAUUCUUUUCGGUCUCCAUUCGUUGCUUUAUAUCAAUACAUGACUCAAUGGAAAAGUGAAAAAUUGAACCUUUGAUCCGAAGGACAUGCAUCAAAGCAAACAUUUUUCUUCUUUGCAAGAUCUUAACUACGGUCUGACCCGCUAAUCACUUCGACAGAUCGUUCUACUUUUC